AUGCCUUCCGACACACGACCUCUGUACCUGGGUUUUGACCUGUCGACCCAACAACUCAAAGGCAGGUUAUCCAUCAUCGUUGACUCCGACCUCAAGGCCAUCGGCCAAGCCAAAGUCGACUUCGACGGCGACUUCGGCGCCAAGUAUGGCAUCCGCAAGGGCGUCCACGUCCGCGACGCCACCGGUGAAGUCUUCGCUCCGGUCGCCCUCUGGAUGGAAUCGCUCGACCUCGUUCUCGACCGUCUCGCCGAGGCUGCGCCCGUCCCUCUCUCUCGCAUCCGCGCCGUCAGCGGCUCCUGCCAGCAACACGGCAGCGUCUUCUGGAACGCCGAUGCCUCCGAGAUCCUCACCGGCCUGGAUGCCCAGAAGCCGCUUGUCGACCAGCUCCCCCAGGCGCUGGCGCACGAGUGGUCGCCCAAUUGGCAGGAUCACAGCACCCAGGAGCAGUGUGAUGCGUUCGACGACGCCCUGGGUGGUCGCCAGAAGCUCGCCGAGGUGACGGGAAGCGGCGCGCACCAUCGAUUCACCGGCACUCAGAUUAUGCGAUUGAAGAAAGACUUGCCCGAAAUGUACGCCAAAACGGCACACAUCUCUCUCGUCUCGUCGUGGCUGGCCUCGGUCCUCCUCGGCUCCAUCGCCCCCAUGGACAUCAGCGACGUGUGCGGCAUGAACCUGUGGGAUAUGUCCAAACAGGCUUACAGCGAAGAGCUCCUCGCCCUUGCCGCAGGAGGCGAGGAUGGCGCCGCCGAGCUGCGCCAGAAGCUGGGUGCCGUGUGUCUCGAUGGCGGUGCCAUCCUCGGCGGCAUCUCAUCUUACUUCGUUCGUCGCCACGGCUUCAGCCCUGACUGCCAGAUCACUCCCUUCACUGGCGACAACCCAGCUACGAUCCUCGCCCUGCCCCUACGACCUCUCGACGCCAUCGUCUCCCUCGGCACCUCGACCACCUUCCUCAUGAAUACUCCCAAGUACAAGCCCGACGGAGCCUACCACUUCUUCAACCACCCGACCACUCAGGGCCACUACAUGUUCAUGCUGUGCUACAAGAACGGCGGUCUGGCCCGCGAAAACGUCCGCGACCAGCUCCCCAAGCCCGAGUCCGGCGACCCCUGGGCCAACUUCAACAAGGCCAUCCUCGACACGCCGCCCAUGGACGUCACCAAGCCCGACGACCCUUCCAAGCUCGGCCUGUAUUUCUGCCUCCGCGAGACGGUUCCCAACAUCCGCGCCGGUACCUGGCGCUAUACCUGCGAUGGCAAUGGCUCCGGCCUCCAGGAGGCCACGCACGGUUGGGACAAGCAGAAGGAUGCGCGCCUCAUCGUCGAGUCCCAGGCCCUGUCCAUGCGCCUCCGCUCCCACAACCUCGUCCACAGCCCUGGCCAUGGCCUACCUGCCCAACCGCGCCGCAUCUAUCUUGUGGGCGGUGGCUCGCUGAACCCAGCUAUCGCCAAGGUCAUCGGUGAGGUCCUCGGUGGCUCUGAGGGCGUCUACAAGCUCGACGUUGGCGGUAACGCCUGCGCCAUGGGCGGCGCAUACAAGGCGCUGUGGGCCAUGGAGCGUGACGACGGCGAGACAUUCGACGAGCUCAUUGGCAAGCGCUGGACUGAAGAGGGUUCCAUCGAGCGUGUGGACGACGGCUUCCGCGAUGGCCUCUAUCAGAAGUAUGGCAAGGUGCUCGGUGCCUUUGAGCGCAUGGAGUACCAGAUUCUUGCCGAGGAGGACCGCCACUCAGACGACGGACACAAGCAAUCGAUUGAGCAAAAAUAAGCGGGAUAGGACCAUUCAACGAGCGAAGCAUCUCAUCCCGGGGUGCAACCCAAGAGAAAUCUAAAAGGUGUGGAGAUUCUGGGUACGAUGAAAUGAUUAUGAAGGGAGGGCAACUUAUUGGUUGGUCAAUGAUAUGGCUCAUGCUAGAGGAGGUAACCUGGACAUACGCCAGGAGGACCCGAAUAUCUUUAGGCAGAGGAAUGGAUGCUUCAUCGCAGAGUCUGAUGCGAAUCUUCCCCUUUGGCAGAAUCUAAAGCGGAUAAUAUGCCGGAUAUAAAAAUGUAAGUUGGAUGCAGGCGAGCAGGGUAGACCAGCCGAUCGAAGUCUACUGCGGGAAAGGGAAACUUUUGCCAGCAGGGCGAGUGGACAAGGCAGACAGAAUGGUCAGCCAAGUAAUACUCAUGCAAUAAAUUCUCGAGUGAAAAA